AUGUCGUCGUCACCAUGCUGGGCUACCUGUCCUGGCCGAGCUGGCAGACCACACGCGUGCGUAUGCCAGACAUGUUUCUUGAGAUUGACCCUUGUCCGACGGGGCAUUUUGAAUAGAGGUCGGUGUGAUCUAUCUUUCGCGCGUUCCCGGGUGUUGAUAACUCGGAACCUUUCAAGCUGCGUGAUUAUCAUCCGCCUACAGAUGGCUGGCGACGUGCUCAUACUGACAAGUGCAGCAGUCUUCGCAGCUAUGCGCAUAUAUGCACUCUUUCAUCAAAAUCGAACGUUGCUCGUCCUGAUUCUCGUGCUUGGCCUAGUCAACCCGGUUAUAUCUAUGUACACCUUCAUAAACUCCACGCCAAUACUGUUCCACGUUACCCCAACUUACCAGACGUGUAGUAUCGAUACGCCAUAUAUAUCCAAUUUAAUGCAUUCAGAUUUGGCUGUCGUAGGUGCUUACUGUAAGCAAGGGAUGCUCGGGGCGAGGGUGUCGUCGGUCGUCUCCGACAGUCUCGUCCUUAUCCUGACAUGGAAAGGCACUCGAAACGUCGCAAUAUCGCAUGGAUUGAAGAAGACCCUCAUGACUGACAGUACGUGUCAUCUACGCCAGCUCAAGCUGGGGGCUUACAGCUAA